AUGAACGCCUGGCUCCACGAUACGCCGCCCGCCAUUCCAUCGCCCCUUGACCCCGGCGCAGGCAACCCCAACGUCAAUGGCCAUGGAAACGGGACCGCGUUCGCCAAUCCUCCUCCUCCGCCGGCCACCAUAGAUCCCUCCAUGGCCUUCCUCCAGCCUCAAUCGCAGCAGUCCCAGCCCCAGUCGCAGUCGCAGUCUCAGUCCCCCGUUCCUUCGGACACUCCCCAGUUCACGCGCAUGUUCAAUGGCACGACUCCAUCCCCGGCAUCGCGCAUGUCUCCCGGCUUCCAUCCGCCAAACUCUGUCGUUCCCUCCAAACGAUCGCGGCCAGACGACGGCUUCCUCGUUUCUUCUCCUCGUCAGGUGCCCGGAGGCAUCCCUCCAACCUCCGUCUCGCGCUCCCAGACGCCCCAGCAUGGCGCCUACCCGGGGUAUCAACCUACCGUAGGCGGCGGACCAGCUGUCGUUGGUGCCAAUGGAACUUCCCACUUCCCUCCCCCUGCUCCUGGUGCGGCUCCUGGCGGCCCUGCUGCCGCCUUCCACCCCGGUUUUCAGCAACCGGCCUCUUCGACGGCCAGUCCGUCUCCCGUGCCUCAGGAGUUUGACGCGCAGCGGGUACAGACUGCCUCCCCCUCCCCUUUCCCCAAUGCCGCUGUACAGCCGGGACAGCAGCCCGGUCAGCCUCCUUCAGAUCACGGAAGCCGAGUCGCCACCCCUCAGGCCCCUACUUCUUACCCUCCCGGUCCGCCAUACCCGGGUCAGAGUCAGCAGAACCCAGGCCAGAACCCGGCCAUGAUGCCGGGUUAUGCAGCGCAUGCUCAGCAGAUGGCCGCGCGCCAACAGAUGUAUCAGAUGCACAUGGCUAACCAGGUGCGCCAGCAGCAACAGCAGCAGCAGCAACAACAACAACAGCCACCUCCCCAGAUGCCGGGCCAGCCAAUGUCCAGCCAACAACAGAGCCAGAUGGCCGCUAUGCGCCAUAUUCAGCAGCAGCAAGUGCAGCAGCAACAGGUUCAGCAACAGGUGGCUCAACAGCAGGCAGCUCAACAGGCAGCUCAACAGCAGGCACAGGUAGCAGCCCAGCAACAGGCUCAAGCUCAGGCCCAGGCCAUGGCCAAACCAACUACACCAGAAGGCUUCCUUCGUGUGCUGCAGAAAUUCAUGAUUCCUCGACGUCUUCCGCUGGACCCCACGCCUAUUGUGUGUGGACGGCCAGUUGUGCUGAUGCAGCUAUAUGCCACAGUCAUAAAGCUAGGCGGCUCUCAAAAGGUUACCAACACCAAUUCCUGGCCAGUUGUCGCUCAACAGCUGCAGUUUCCCGCUAUGCAGUAUCCCACAGCCGCGCGGGAGAUACGGGACCAUUAUUACCGUAAUCUGGCUGCAUACGAGCAAGCAUGGCUCUCCACGCACCAGAAACCUGGAGAGCAGCCGCCGCCACAGCAGCAGAUGCAGAUGCCGAUACCGCCUCAGGGUGAUAUGAUGUCUCCCGUCAAACCUUUGAACAGUCAUUUUGAUCCUCAAGCGCCGGCACAGGCGCAGGCACAGGGCUACAUACAACCGCCAAUGCAACAACCUCAAGCUAUGAACGGCUACUCGACACCCAAGUACACGCCAUUGACCUUGCCCGAGCCAGCCUUUCAUGGUCCAAUUGUAAUAGACGAGGUAUUCCCACUAGGCGAGGAUAUUCUACGUCUUAAACCAUCUGCUCCACGGUUCCAUGAGCUAGGCGUAAUCGAUAUACACGCCCUCACUAUGAGCCUCAAGUCAGGUCUCAUAUCCGAAACCCGUCUGGCUCUAGACACAUUGACAACCCUCUCCUCCGAACCGGCCAUCCAUCUCUCUCUCGAAAAUUGUGACGACCUACUCCCCACUCUCUUAGAUACUGCAACAGACCACCUCGAACUACUUGCCGAACAUUCGCCGGAAGUAUCAGAUGAGAUACAGCUGGCUUCAUACGAGGAAUUACUACGUGGAUGCCGCCAGGAGAUUGAGUCAUUGCUCGACGUUCCACCCUUUGGUAGCCUAGAACACUCCCUCGAUCGCGCGGUCGAUCGUCUAAUCUGCAUCACCACGAUAUUGCGCAACUUCAGCUUCUCGGAAUCAAACUUCCCUCUCCUCUCUGCUCCGAGUGUUAUACGUUUCCUUGCUCUCGCCAUUCGAUACAUGGGCACCAGGCAUCUUUUCCUUCGCACGCAUCAGAAUACCCUAGACUUCAUGAAAGACGUUCUCAUUUUCCUCAGUAAUCUCGCACACGCCGUACAUCUACCGGGUAGAGACGAGGCCCUUGCACUGCUCUAUUUCCUCCUUUCAUUCGCGCCGUUAACCUCUGCACCUACCUCAGACGACGAACCUCUUAUCUUCCCUGCUUACCAGCCCAGCAUCCACCGCUACCUUCCAGCGGCGGUAGACAGUCUAGCUAAACUGCUGGCUCGUGAUGAUCCAAACCGCACCCUCUACAAGUCUAUCUUCUCCGACCCUUCUGUCAACGUAUCAACAACUAGCACACAUGUAUCAACAAACCUUCUAACGCGCGCAUUCGGCCUCUCCAUCUCCAUAAUACCCGAAUACACAAAAGGGAAUGUCUUGCCUAUAACCGAAACACGCAAGCCAUUCCUCAUGCAAGGCCUCUUGGCUGCUGAGGUAUUAUCCUCUCUCGCUGAUGCUUCACUCGCCCGCGCCUGGCUAGGUUCCAGCGACGGCUUUGCAAUUACUCUUGUCCAUCUUGCGGGUCUUUUGAGUGCUGAACGGCCUCGUCAGCCUGUGCCACAACAUCCACACCAACACCCACACGCUCUAAGUGCUAGACAAGAUGAUAUGCAGGGAUAUUAUACCAUUGUCUCUCGGUCGUUAGGUAUUCUAAACAGGCUGGGUUCGAAGGUACGGAGGGCAAACAAGGAGAAACGUGGCGGACUAGACGUGGGAUUUAACGUCCUGCCCAAGAAGGAGAAUAUACUCGGCGCAUUGGUUUCAAGGACAAUCGAUCCAGGCACGCUCAAGUUGCUCUGCGAGUACGAGGGACUAUCGGGUUAG